UUGUUGUUGUUGUUGUUGUUGUUGUUAUUAGUCUAUGAUAAGCAGGAAAUACCGCCCUCUACAGGUUAUUAUUGGAAGCACAACGUGGUGACGUUUCACCUGCGACACGCACGCAUCUUGCAAACAGUCAUGCGCAGAUCGCAACGUUGUUGUYGCUGCUGGUUGAAAGUGUUGUAAACUACAGAUUACCGUGCGCCGCCGCUCCGUAUCAGUUCUUUGUGAGUUUGUUUUUGUAAAGUUGGAGCUUUACGCGGGGGAGGAGGGUGCACCAGGAAGCGGAGCAGCGUGAAGAACGGGCUCCUCUUCCUCCUUCUUUCUGACGGAACUGAGAGGCAGCACGGGCACUGCCAUGUAGCUCCGAGGCAGAAGAAUGAGCAGUCAGCACGCUUCAACAGAUGGGACUGAUGACUAUACUGUGCAGCAGGAAAAUGAACUAGAAGCCCUCGCUUCUAUCUUUGGAGAUGAUUUCCAGGAUCUGCGGAAGAAUGACCCUUGGAAGGUUAAAAGGCCUCCAGAGGUACACCUGUGCCUGCGGCCAAACGGGCUGAAUAAUGGGCAGGAAUGCUACGUGACGGUGGACCUACUGGUGAAAUGCCCUCCAACUUACCCGGACGUGCCUCCAGAGCUGGAGCUGAAGAAUGCCAAAGGCCUUUCAAACGAAAACCUCCAGAACCUCCAGAGUGAACUGGCCAAGCUGGCAGCGGUGCGGUGUGGGGAGGUGAUGAUUUACGAGCUGGCCGACCACAUCCAGGGCUUCCUGAGCGAGCACAACAAGCCCCCGCCGCGCUCCUUCCAYGAGGAGAUGCUGAAGAACCAGAGGAGGCAGGAGGAGAAACGAGCUCUGGAGAAGCAGCAGAGGAUGGACCAGCAGCGCAGACAGGAGGAGGAGAUGGAAAAAGAGAUCAUGGCUGAAAUUCAAAGGAGGGAGGAGGAGAAACGAGAAGAAAAGAGAAGAAAGGAAAUGGCCAAACAGGAGCGACUGGAGAGCACAGAGCAGUCUGUCUCUGUGUUCGGGAGCCCACCCAGCUCUGGUGCAAUGACUCCCGAACUGAUCGAGGCCAAAAAAGCUGCUAUCAACCGCCGUCGUACUGCCUCCAGCACACGCCACAGACGUGAUACGGUUAACGAAGACGGCCCUCGCCCGCAGGAGCUUCUUCACUUCAACAGCAGCACUUUUGGAGAGCUUGUCGUCCACAAAGGGAAAAGUUUAGGUGAAAGCAAGCGACUUGGCCGGAACGUUUAUUGCGGGUUUGAAGCAAAUUCUGGGGAGUUUUCAGUGAUCUAUGAGUGGUCGCUGCGCUGGAGCCAAAAGAUGGGCAAGUUUUUCACCAGCCAGGAGAAGGGGAAAAUUGAGAACUGUAAAAAGCAGAUCCACGCGGCAGAGAACGAGUUCAACUCCCUGCUGCGGCUGGACCAUCCUAACCUGGUGCGCUACAUGGCGCUGAGCUCCUCUGAGAAGGAGGACAGCCUCGUGGUUGACCUGCUGGUGGAACACGUGGCCGGGGUCAACCUGAACCAGAGCCUGAUCAGCCAGAGCCCGCUGUCGCUGGAUAAACUCGGCCAUUACGCGGCGCAGCUGCUCUCGGCGCUCAACUACCUGCACUCCAACUCCGUGGUGCACAAGCAGCUGGGGGCCUCCAGCGUGCUGGUGGACUCCGAGGGCAACGUCCGGCUGACCGAUUACAGCUUGUCCAAAAGAUUCGCGGAGAUCUGCAAAGAAGACAUCUUCGAGCAAGCCCGCGUGCGUUUCUCUGAGGAUACAGCGAUGCCGACAAAAACGGGGAAGAAGGGGGACGUGUGGAACCUGGGGCUGAUGCUGCUCGCGCUCAGUCAGGGGAAGGAGGUGAAGGAGUAUCCUGUGACGGUGCCCAGCAGCCUGCCUGCUGACUUUCAGGACUUCCUGCACAAAUGUCUGUGCCUGAAUGAUGCUGAACGCUGGACGGCUCAGCAGCUGUUGGACCACGCUUUCCUCAAACCUCCUUCACCUAAAAACCUGCCUCAGGACCAGGAAACCAGCCCAGAAGAUCUAGCCGUGGACUUUGCGUCGUCAGUCAUCCCCCGCAGCUCCAUCCUCCACGCUCCGUUCACUUCAGGGAUGCAGAGGCAGUUUUCCCGCUAUUUUGAUGAGUUUGAGGAAUUGCAGCUUCUGGGAAAAGGAGCUUUUGGUGCAGUGAUAAAGGUUAAAAACAACCUUGAUGGUUGUUAUUACGCAGUGAAGCGCAUCCAGGUGAACCCGGCCAGCAAGCAGUUCAGACGGAUCAAAGGUGAGGUGACUCUGCUCUCGCGCCUGAACCACGAGAACAUCGUCCGCUAUUACAACGCGUGGAUCGAGCGGCACGAGGUGCCCUCCACGGGGGUCCUGAGCAACACGGACAGCUCCGAGCCCCCGAGCGCAGCCGGCAAACAUCUAGGGUGUGGCAAUCCGCCRCAGCGCCUCAACGAGCUCGGCCUCCCUGACGACGUGGAGGACGUCGCCCCGCCUCCGGCUCUGUCCAGCUCCGUGGAGUGGUCCACCUCCAUCGAGAGGUCCUCCAGCGCCAAGUGUGGCGGACACCAGUCGAGUGAGGAAGACGAUGACGACGAUGACGAGGAUGAAGAUGAAGAUGAUGUAUUUGGAGCUUCUUUUUUGCCAUCAGAUAGCGAAUCAAGGAGCGACAUCAUCUUCGAUAAUGGCGAUGACGGUACAGACGAGAUGUCACAGGUUGAACCAAGCAAAAGGCCAGCGACUGACACAACCGAGAGCUCAGACUCUGACCGACUUCUCUCUAUAGCACAUUAUUUGUACAUACAGAUGGAAUACUGUGAAAAAAGCACUUUAAGAGACACAAUAGAUCAAAGCUUGUACCUAGACCAAAAUCGGUUAUGGAGACUGUUCAGGGAGAUACUGGAUGGCCUGGCUUACAUCCAUGAGCAGGGCAUGAUCCACAGAGACUUAAAGCCGGUCAACAUCUUCCUGGAUUCGCAGGACCAUGUGAAAAUUGGAGACUUCGGCCUGGCUACAGACCAUCCUGCCAAUGUGGCUGCAGGUAAAUUUGAUCUGGAGGAGAACAUCACUGCAUUGACGCCCAAACAGGACCCAGCAGGUAACAUGACGGGCAUGGUUGGCACUGCRCUUUAUGUGAGUCCGGAGGUUCAAGGAAACACCAAAGCCACUUAUAACCAGAAAGUUGAUCUGUUCAGUUUGGGCAUCAUACUCUUUGAGAUGUCCUACCGGCCGUUUACCACAGGUGCGGAGCGCAUCUCUGUUCUGAGCCAGCUGCGAAUGGAGUCCAUCACAUUCCCCGAGGAUUUUCUUCCACACGAGCAAGGAAAACAGAGGAAGGUCAUAGAGUGGUUGCUGAAACACGACCCCGCCCUUCGACCCACCACCCAGGAGCUGCUGAAGAGCGAGCUGCUACCGCCGCCUCAGAUGGAGGAGUCGGAGCUGCAUGAGGUGCUGCAGCACACCAUGGCUAACGUCAACGGCAAAGCCUACCGCACCAUGGUGGGCCAGUUGUUCGCACAGAACACCUCACCGGUCAUGGAUUACACUUACGACAUCGACCUUCACAAGGGCAGCUUCAGCUUCACCGGUGCCAAAUUGCAGCAACAUGUGUAUGAAACCAUCAGCAGAAUCUUCAAAAAGCACGGUGCUGUACGUCUUCAUACGCCACUGCUACUCCCCAGAAACAGGAAGUUGUAUGAUGGAAGUGAGCUGGCCUGCUUCAUGGACCACAGCGGAAUGCUGGUCACUCUGCCCUAUGACCUUCGU